AUGCUCGGGCCCCCAGAGUCCUCCCCACACCAUCACCUUUUCGCCACAUCUCCCCUGAAGAAUAGCUAUCGCAAUGACCUCUUCAGUGAAUGGAUACCUGACCGCUCGAAGAUAACGUACUUUGCCAUAUCCGUGCUUUUGGGCUAUUAUAUUUUCAUGUACCUCGGCCUCCUCACUUCCGUCUUUUUCCAAACCGUCUGGAACAUCAUCGUCUUCUUUACUCCUUCGCGCUUCGUUUUUGCUCUAGAUAAAGGCUCUCCUGAUCGAGAUCCCGCUAAGUUGGACGCCUACUCCUCGCUAACACGCAGAGCUCGCCAUUCCGCGAAGAGUGACGCCAUGCAGAGGAUUCUCGGCUUGGAUACGAACUCGAUACUCACGACUUUUCCGCGGGGCAGGAGUCUCACAGGGAUAGGACAGGCCUUUUUGGGAAUUAAAGAUUCCUGUCCUCCCGGACUUGGCAACUGGGAUAACUCCUGCUAUCAAAAUAGCAUCAUCCAAGGAUUCGCUUCGCUACGAACGCUGGAUAGGUUUUUGGAGGGGAAUAUCCGCGAGUUGGAGGAUCGCGAUCCGUUUUAUACACACGCUGCGCUAAGGGAUAUAAUUACCAAGCUAAACAGUCCAGCUUACGGUGGUCGAAAGUUAUGGACUCCUCCAGAACUGAAGUCUAUGAGCAGUUGGCAGCAACAAGAUGCGCAGGAAUACUUUUCGAAAGUGGUUGACCAAGUCGAUAAGGAAUUACGCCGCGCUUCCAGGGGUUUAACAAGUGAUGCUGGCUUAAGAUUUGUUGAUACUCAACGGAAUGGUCAUAAAGUUGGUCCCUUUUCAGCCUACGAAGGACGGCACUUGAAAGACCAACUCAAAAGACCUCCAGCGUACGGGGAGUAUACUUCUUCCUUCCGCAAUCCACUCGAGGGCCUUCUUGCUCAACGGGUUGGCUGUAUGCAAUGUGGGUGGACUGAGGGACUUUCUCUUAUCCCAUUUAACUGUCUUACGGUUCCCCUAGGCUCUAAUUGGGAAUAUGAUAUCCGCGAAUGCUUGGAUGAGUAUACGGCCUUAGAGCCUAUUGAAGGUGUCGAAUGCGCUAAAUGCACACUUCUACGAACCCAAGGCCAGCUAGAGCAGCUGUUGAAACAGAUCGAUUCGGAUGCGGAACUUGAGGAGGGAACCACUACACCUCGAUUGACCGAAGCCCUGCGAAGUUCGGCAGAGUCAAGGCUAAAAGUUGUCCAACAAGCUCUCGAGGACGAGGACUUCUCUGAAAAGACUUUAUCUGAGAAGUGCCAUAUCCCAGCCCGCAAUCGUGUUUCCUCCACCAAAUCGAGGCAAGCUGUCAUCGCACGAGCACCCAAGUCUCUGGUAAUCCAUGUCAACCGGAGUGUAUUCAAUGAAAUGACCGGCAUGCUUCGGAAAAAUUCUGCAGAUGUAAGAUUUCCUAGAGUUUUAGAUUUGGGUGAAUGGUGUUUGGGAUCAAGAUCGAUGGGCGAAACAGACGACGAGAUUUCAGAGCACUGGGGUAUAGAUCCUUCAGAGUCCAUGCUUUCUCGUCCUGGAACAAAUUCGGAAAUGCUUAGCAGACGCUAUGAGCUGCGCGCUGUUAUAACGCAUUACGGUCGACAUGAAAAUGGGCAUUAUAUCUGUUAUCGAAAAUACUCCAUGGAACUGUUUCCCACUUCUGUCCCCAAGGCGGUUUUGGAUGCGGAUGGAGAGAAGGACAGGGCGGAACGUUGGUUCAGACUUAGUGAUGAAAAUGUCAGCUUAGUCAGUGAGAACAAUGUGCUCUCUCAGGGAGGCGUAUUCAUGCUCUUUUACGAAUGCAUAGACGAGUCCCGUGGUUCAGCGACUGGAGAAGCCGAUCAGAGCCAAUCCGAGGAGGAAGGUAUCCCUUUAGAGGAGCUUUCAUGCAGUUCUCAAGAAUGUGAAUCAACUAGUGCCUUACUCUCUCGCCAUACUGAUAAGAAAGAAGAAACCCUAUGCGACUCUUCAGGGACAUCGACUGGUUCUGCGGGCCAUCCUUCCCCGCCAGAAUCCGAAGCGUCUGAUACACCUUCAUCCUCGCUCUCCAGUGAAGACAGCAAUCUUUCCACGGCAAAUAAAAUCGAACUUGCUCCAGCGAUGAAGACAUCGGUGGCACCAUUCGAGAAGAGCGGGGAGACCCUCCCCUCCGUGGUAACAGCAUUACGAUGA